GCUCAUUGGUCUGUUUUGAACUGCUGCUGUACAGCGUUCAAUUCAAAAGAGUUUGUCAGCAUUCCAGCGGCAGUCUGUGCACGGACAGUUCAUACGCUAAGAAACAGGGCACCGUCAGGCAAUAAUGGAAGACUAUUUGAAAAUAGAGAAAAUUGGAGAAGGUACCUAUGGUGUGGUGUAUAAAGGAAGGCACAAGGCCACAGGUCAGGUCGUUGCUAUGAAAAAGAUCCGUCUGGAGAGUGAGGAGGAGGGGGUUCCCAGCACUGCUGUCAGAGAGGUCUCUCUGCUUCAAGAACUGAAGCAUCCUAACGUUGUACGACUUCUGGAUGUCCUCAUGCAGGAGUCUCGUCUCUACCUCAUCUUUGAGUUCUUGUCGAUGGACCUGAAGAAGUACCUGGACUCCAUCCCCUCUGGCCAAUACAUGGACCCUAUGCUUGUGAAGAGCUACCUCUAUCAGAUCUUGGAGGGCAUUUACUUUUGUCACUGUCGUCGAGUCCUCCACCGGGACCUGAAACCCCAGAACCUCUUGAUCGACAACAAGGGAGUAAUCAAACUGGCAGAUUUUGGCCUGGCUCGAGCGUUUGGUGUUCCUGUUAGGGUCUACACCCAUGAGGUUGUAACUCUGUGGUACCGGGCUCCAGAGGUCCUCCUGGGUUCGCCCCGAUAUUCAACCCCUGUUGACGUUUGGAGCACUGGGACCAUCUUUGCUGAACUCGCUACCAAGAAGCCUCUGUUCCAUGGAGACUCAGAGAUAGAUCAGCUCUUCAGGAUCUUCAGGACUCUGGGAACCCCUAACAAUGACGUAUGGCCUGAUGUAGAGAGCCUACCUGACUAUAAAAACACCUUCCCUAAAUGGAAGUCUGGCAAUCUGUCAUCAAUGGUGAAAAACCUGGAUAAGAAUGGCCUGGACUUAAUGGCGAAAAUGUUGACAUACAAUCCACCCAAGAGGAUCUCUGCACGGGAGGCCAUGACUCACCCAUACUUUGAUGACCUGGACAAAUCCACCUUGCCUGCUGCUAGCAUCAACAAAAUCUAAAACUUACUGACCUUAUAUAAUAACAUAUUCAUAUCCUUUGUGAAUUAUUAUUCUGUAAAUACUUGUCUGUCAAAAUUGUUGUAGACUGUGUAAAGUUUUGUCUUUCAACAAUGUCUUUCCAAUAAAACUGCACUUUCUGUGAGUCUCUAAACAUUGA